ACCAUGAGCCAUUCCUCCAUGCAUUCCUCCACUUCCUACAGGCGCACCUUCGGGAGCCCACACCCUAUCUCCGUGUCCUCUUAUUCCAGCGUGUCCUCUCGUCCACCUGUCUCUGGGGGACGCUACUUGCGCUCCAUGUCACCCAUGGUGUCCUCCCGUGCCACCACCUACCACCAACAGCGUUCCCGCCCCAGCGUCCAACCCCAACGCAUCACCUAUGAUAAGGUGGAUUUUACCAUGGCGGACGCCAUCAACCAGGAGUUCCUCACCACCCGCAGCAAUGAGAAGGCCGAGCUGCAAGAGCUAAACGACCGCUUCGCCAGCUUCAUCGAGAAGGUGCGCUACCUGGAGCAGCAGAAUGGCGUGCUGCAGCAAGAGCUGACCCAGUACAAAGGCCAGCAGCAGCACGGUCAGCCGAACCGCGCCACCGAGCUCUUCCAGGACGAGCUGAGGGAGCUGCGACGCCAGAUGGAUGCCAUCGGCAAGGAGAGGGACCAAUACCAACUGGAGAGGGACAACCUGGCCGAAGACCUGAACCUACUAAAGCAGAGGCUGGAUGAAGAAGCCCAGAAGAGGGCAGAUGCUGAAAAUAACCUUGCAGCCUUCCGCAAGGAUGUGGAUGAUGCCACAUUGUCCCGUUUGGAGCUGGAAAGGAAGAUUGAGUCCCUGAUGGAUGAAAUUGAAUUCCUCAAGAAGAUGCAUGAUGAAGAAAUCCAGGACGUUCAGGUGAGCGUGCAGACGCAGCAGCUGAGGAUGGAGGUGGACCACAGCACCCGACCAGACCUCACUGGUGCUCUCAGGGACAUCAGGGCCCAGUAUGAGACCAUUGCAAUGAAGAACAUGCAGGAAUCUGAGGACUGGUACAAGUCCAAGUUUGCAGAUUUAACUGAGUCUGCCAAGCGCAAUGGUGAUGCUUUAAAGCAAGCCAAGCAGGAGGCCACUGAGUCCAGGAGGCAGAUCCAGUCCCUGAACUGCGAGAUUGAUGCAUUGAAGAACACGAACGAAGCGCUCCUGAGGCAGAUGCGUGACAUGGAGGACCAGUUCGGCAAUGAAAUCGCCAACUACCAGGACAACAUAGGCAGACUGGAGGACGAGAUCCGCAGCCUAAAGGAUGAGAUGGCCCGUCACCUCCGAGAAUACCAGGACCUUCUCAAUGUCAAGAUGGCUCUGGACAUUGAAAUUGCCACUUACCGUAAACUACUGGAGGGCGAGGAGAGUAGGAUCACGAUGCCUAUCCUCAAUAUUGGCAUGACAAAUCACCUUGGGGACCGUGAUUAUGAACCCAUACCAACCAGCGGCACCAAGAGGACUGUGGUGAUAAAAACAGUGGAAACUAGAGACGGAGAGGUGGUGAAGGAGUCCAAGAGGGAGCAGGAGAGAGAGUCGGGCCACAUUGACAAAGACGACAAGGACAACUGAUUACAACAUGACCAAUAAUGUGAAGGCCUGUGCAGUGGCAAGAACUAAAAAGCAUUUGGAAAGAAAAAAAAAAGAGUGUAAAACUCCUGUGUUUCAUUGUCUAGCAAAGAGUAACAACAUGCAGGUGCAAAGUUAAAUGAAUACAUUUAGACUGGUGUGUCACUUUGGUGCUAAUGAAGCCACCCAGCUGUUCUGAAACAUAACUGUGUCAUCUGCGUGACAAAGCAUAACCGUAACUUGAGCAACAUACCAGAUGAGGCCUUUAUUUGCAGUGCAAUCCCACAGAGUCCUUAGAUGGCUACAUGUUUAUAGCGCGCUUUGUG